UCUCGCGUAUGUGUGCUCCUGUGUGUGCGGUUCAGGGCAAAUAAAUGCAACGCCAAACGCUUUUUUAGCCAAGUUUAUCUUGAGGCGAAAUACUCUAAAAAAAGAAGGAAAGAAGAGAAAUAGAAAUAGAAAUUGUACUUGUAAAAUGGAUUUACGUUUCGUAUUCAUCGUUUUUCUGCUCAAGUGGACCCAUGCCCAAGGUUCACAUCCGCCACGAAUAGUGGAGCAUCCCAUAGAUACGACAGUGCCACGACACGAGCCAGCGACGCUUAAUUGCAAAGCCGAGGGCAGCCCCACGCCCACCAUUCAGUGGUAUAAGGACGGAGUCCCGCUGAAGAUACUGCCGGGCUCUCAUCGCAUCACCCUGCCAGCUGGUGGAUUGUUUUUCCUCAAGGUUGUCAAUUCGCGUCGCGAAACAGAUGCCGGCGUCUAUUGGUGUGAGGCAAAGAAUGAAUUGGGCGUGGCACGCAGCCGGAAUGCCACAUUGCAAGUGGCGGUGCUUCGCGAUGAGUUCCGCCUGGAGCCACAGAAUACACGCAUCGCCCAGGGCGAUACGGCACUGCUGGAGUGUGCGGCACCGCGGGGCAUUCCCGAGCCUGCCGUCACCUGGAAGAAGGGCGGACAGAAAUUGGAUUUGGAGGGCUCGAAGCGUGUACGCAUCGUUGACGGCGGCAAUUUGGCCAUUCAGGAUGCCCGACAGACUGACGAGGGUCAAUACCAGUGCAUAGCCAAGAAUCCCGUUGGGGUGCGCGAAUCGUCGCUGGCAACGCUCAAAGUACAUGUCAAACCCUACAUCAUACGUGGACCUCACGAUCAAACCGUUUUGGAAGGUGCCUCCGUGACGUUUCCCUGCCGUGUGGGCGGUGACCCCAUGCCGGAUGUGCUGUGGCUGCGCACCGCCUCGGGUGGCAAUAUGCCAUUGGAUCGCGUGAGUGUCCUCGAAGAUCGCAGCUUGAAGCUGGAGCGUGUGACCAUUGCGGAUGAGGGCGAGUACAGUUGCGAGGCGGAUAAUGUGGUGGGCGCCAUCACUGCCAUGGGCACACUGACAGUUUACGCCCCUCCGAAAUUUAUACAACGGCCGGCCAGCAAAUCGGUGGAACUGGAGGCAGACACCUCCUUCGAGUGCCGUGCGACGGGCAAUCCAAAGCCAACGAUUUUCUGGACCAUCAAGAACAACAGCACACUGAUAUUUCCGGGUGCACCGCCGCUGGAUCGUUUUCACAGCCUCAACACCGAGGAGGGACACUCCAUCCUAACGCUGACUCGUUUCCAGCGUUCCGACAAGGAUCUGGUCAUACUGUGCAACGCCAUGAACGAAGUGUCCAGCAUAACGUCGCGGGUGCAGCUGAGUCUCGACUCGCAGGAGGAUCGUCCGCCGCCGAUCAUCAUCGCGGGGCCCGUGAAUCAAACGCUGCCCACCAAGUCCCUGGCGACGCUGCAGUGCAAGGCCAUUGGUCUGCCGAAUCCAACGAUAUCCUGGUAUCGCGAUGGCAUACCAGUGCAGCCGAGCAGCAAGCUGAACAUCACCACAGCGGGGGAUCUGAUCAUCUCCGACUUGGAUCGCCAGCAGGAUCAGGGUCUGUACACCUGUGUGGCCAGCUCCCGGGCGGGCAAGUCCACGUGGAGCGGCUUCCUGCGCAUCGAACUGCCCACCAAUCCGAACAUCAAGUUCUAUCGAGCGCCCGAGCAGAACAAAUGCCCGACGGCACCGGGACAGCCGAAGGUGCUCAAUGCCACGGCCUCGGCGCUGACGAUUGUGUGGCCCACGAGCGAUAAGGCGGGCGCCUCCUCGUUCCUCGGCUACAGCGUGGAGAUGUACUGCACGAACCAAAGCAAGACUUGGAUCCCGAUAGCCGCACGACUGGCAGAGCCCAUCUUCACGGUGGAGAGCCUCACGCAGGGCGCCGCUUACAUGUUCAUUGUGCGGGCAGAGAACUCGCUGGGAUUCUCCCCCCCAUCGCCCAUCUCGGAGCCCAUCACAGGCGGCAAACUGAUCGGCGUGCGGGAUGGCAGUGACAUUGGUUCCUCCACGUCCCAGCUGCUGCUCAGCGAUGUGGAGACGCUGCUGCAGGCCAACGACAUUGUGGAGCUGCUCGAUGUCAAUGCGAGUGACUCGACCACAGCGCAGCUCUCCUGGGACAUAGACAGUGGCCAGUACAUCGAGGGCUUCUACUUGUACGCCAGGGAACUGCACUCCACGGAGUACAAGAUGAUGACGCUGCUGAACAAGGGGCAGGGACUGAGCUCCUGCACGGUGCCGGGUCUGGCCAAAGCCUCUACGUAUGAGUUUUUUCUUGUGCCAUUUUACAAGAGCAUCGUAGGAAAGCCCUCGAACUCGCGGCAUGUGCGCACGCUGGAAGAUGUGCCUGAAGCGCCGCCAUAUGGCAUGGAAGCCAUUCAAUUCAAUCGCACUUCGGUCUUUUUGAAGUGGUUGCCACCGCAACCAAAUCGAACACGCAAUGGCAUCCUCACCAGCUACAAUGUGGUCGUCAAAGGACUGGAUGUGCACAAUACGACGCGGAUAUUCAAAAAUAUGACCAUAGAUGCGGCAACGCCCACACUACUGCUGGCUAACCUCACCACGGGAGUCACCUACUACAUUGCCGUGGCGGCUGCGACGCGGGUGGGCGUCGGACCCUUUAGCCAUCCGGCAGUGCUCCGCAUCGAUGCACGCACCCAGUCGCUGGACACGGGCUAUACGAGAUAUCCCAUCAGUCGUGAUAUUGCCGAUGACUUUUUAACACAGACCUGGUUUAUCGUCCUGCUGGGCUCCAUCAUUGCCAUAAUUGUGUUUCUAUUGGGCGCAUUGGUACUAUUCAAGCGCUAUCAAUUUAUCAAGCAGACCUCGCUGGGCAGCUUACAUGGCAAUCACGCAAUCGGAACCGUGCGAAAGUUUCCAACAUUGCCGCUAAAUGGAGGCGGACCUGUCGGUGCCGGCGGCUCAAAUUCGACGUCAACCACCAACGGCCCCAAUGGCCUCUGGAUCGAUCCCAGUGGCGGUGUUUGGCGACAGGCGGCAGGGGGAGGCGCUGCUGCUGGCUCUGCCGCUGGAGGUGGUGCGACAAAGGAGCAACUUCCGGGAUACGCACAGGCCACCGCUCAACAGGGACAACAACAACAGCCAACGCUGCUGCCUGAUUACGAGAGACUCUCGCCAUUGAAUAUGCCGGAUUAUGCGGAAGUUGCAUGUUCAACAUUCAAAAGUCCCACCCAUGGUGGCAUGGGCUCGACGGCAUCAUCGUCGCUGUAUGAUAGCUGCGGGGCCUAUGCCACCACCAAUGUGGUGGCCAAUGUCAAGCUCUAUCAGAAUCGCUAUGCAGCCAAGCCGCAGCCACAGGGCCAGUCCCAGUCCCAGUCCCACUCCCAGUCGAACAACAACAACAAUCAGAGCAAUCAUCAGAGCAAUAAUGACUAUCAAUCGACGGGAAUGUACUCGGCACCGCCCAGCGCCCACUAUGGCUGCCUCGAUGGGAAGCAGCAACCAAAUCUGAUGACAACUUCGACAGCCUCCACGGCCAUAAUGGGCGGCUCCCCGGCCAAACUGAAAAAGAUCAACAUUACAGAGAACAAAAUGGAACAAAUGGAAUGCAAGACGGAGCGCACGAAUCCUUUCAAUCAGCAGCAACAACUCCUGUUGGCCAGCAAUGCCCUGAAGCAGGGCCUGGGCGCCUAUGCCAACACCACGCUGGCAGCCCAAAUGGCCAGCGGCGGCGGGGCUGGCACACUGCGGCGCCAACGACAGCCCAAGACGCUGUACAAGAGCGAGAAUAAUAUACUGGGCAAGGCCUCAGGGCUGCGGCAUCCCAUUGUGGCAUCAAAUGGUAAUAUGGAUUUCCUCACUGGAGGCCCACCGAUGAAUGCAGAGAACCUCGAGGCGGGUGACUUUUCCGGCUUGGGUUUGUGCAACUCCACGAAUCAGCUGCUCAACGAUUGGGCAUCGAGUGCCUCGAUCGCCGCUGCUGGAGACUAUCAUUUUGGCAGCAAACAGCCCAGCAAGCAGCAUUUGUAUAUGAAAGCCAAGGAUGGCACUUGGUCGGCCGUUAGCUCGGACGCCUAUCAGUCCUUCAAGCAGUCCCAGCAUCAGCAGCAGCAGCCGCAGCAUCACCAAUUCCUCGCUGGUUCAGCCCGCACCAUUUGGCGACGGCAUAGCUGUGCCUACAUGGUCCUCGACAAUUCCAUGGAUUUUGUGAUUUGAAUUCCGCACAGCCAGCAGUGUCCGAGGCAGGAUGAAAGGAUGUACGGGGGGCAUCAGGUAAACCCAACUAUUUUGCGGCCUGGCCACAAAACUUUCAACUGAUUCCCGGAAAAAGCCCAUGCUCUGGCAUUUUCCACACGCUGACCAGCUAAUUAAUUAUGCACUUUGUUGCGCUACCAUAAACCCAAUUUGUCCUACAAAAUCAUUAAUGUUGGGGAGGAUAGCCCUA